ACCAGCUCUGGUUUCUACGAUCAGUAAUUUUUUUCCCCCUCACAUGAAGUGCCGCCAUGUUUUUGUGAAAGAGGAUGACAGCAGAAACGGCGCAGAAGAAGACGGAUAUGUUCUAGGUUUUAAUCAACAAACCAGCUAAAGUGGUUAGGGGUGACAGUAAGCCUACGUUUUUCCAAGUUCACGGAAUAAAGAGAUAUACACUCGAAGAUUGUUUUCUGUUGUAACUCCAGUGACUCACAGUAAGGUCAAUUCUUGGAUACUCUUGCACAAUUUUUGUAUGUCGUAGGCACCUCUUUUCCUGAAACAUAUCGUUUACUUUAAGAUGGGAGGGGGUCCUCCUACAUUAUUACAGAAUUUUGUUUGAUCGUUUGAAAGUUAACGGGAAAUUUCAAGGAAUCGCACGAACACGACAGUACAUUUCUAUAUUCGUUUAACUACCGUCCGUGUCGGCAUCGUCUCUCUCGGCGCAGAAGAAGCAAUACCUACAAGUGUGAUUUUUGGAUGAUAAAUAUUUGUUCAAGAACUUCAAAAGAAACAAACCAGGAAAAUUAAAGCUUCUGUUCUGAAGUCACGUUCUGAAAUUACAGCACUCAAAGAUGACAGGCAGUAUCCCUCCGGAUAUGAUCAAUCUGAGGCUCAUCUUGGUGAGCGGAAAGACGAAAGAGUUCCUGUUCUCGCCCAACGACUCUGCCGCGGAUAUCGCCAAGCACGUUUACGAUAACUGGCCAAUGGAUUGGGAGGAGGAGCAGGUCAGCAGUCCGAAUAUUUUGAGGCUCAUCUACCAGGGACGCUUCUUGCACGGCAACGUGACGCUAGGAGCGUUAAAACUGCCUCUCGGAAAGACCACGGUGAUGCAUUUAGUUGCCCGAGAGACGUUGCCGGAGCCAAAUUCCCAAGGGCAGAGAAACCGGGAGAAGACUGGAGAGAGUAACUGCUGUGUGAUUCUGUAAAUACUCCCUCUUUGGCCCCCUUCCCCCCCUUUCCCCUUCCCAAAUGAGUGUGCUCUGUAGUCUGUCCCAUGCUGCUGAACACACACACAUGCACACACACACACACACACACACACACACACUCACGCACACACACAAGGAGGAAAGAGUCUUUGACGAGGAAGGGCAGAGACACCUUAGAGAGAGAAAAGCAGACGGAUUGCUGUGUUAUUAAGCAGAUGCUCCCUGUACUUCUCAUUUGUGUUUUAACACUGAACAAGUUUGACCUGUAGACCUUGGGAUGAUGGUAGACCACCGUUACACACACACACACACCAGCCCCCGACACACACACA